UUUUAACGAUUUUCAUAGGUCGUCCAAAUGAACUACUGCUGCCUCUCCACUCUUCCGUCCUGGACAACUUUACGCUCCGUUAACAGCCACUGCCACGCCCCAGCCGCCGCGGCCACCGCCACCGGCAGCUUUGCUACUAACAGAACAAGGUUUCAAAUUAGAGCCAUGAGAGCUGUCGUCCAGCGAGUUACCUCUGCCAGCGUCGAGGUCGAAGGCCGUGUGGUAUCGGACAUUGGGCCAGGCCUUCUCGUCUUUGUCGGCCUCCACGAGUCCGACACCGAUUCUGAUGCCGAUUAUAUAUGCCGGAAGGUAUUAAAUAUGAGAUUGUUCCCAAAUGAAACUACUGGAAGAGGCUGGGACCAGAAUGUUAUGCAGAAAAAUUAUGGAGUUUUGCUAGUGAGUCAGUUUACAUUGUAUGGAAUCUUGAAGGGAAACAAGCCAGACUUCCAUGUAGCGAUGCCACCCCAGAAAGCAAAACCAUUCUAUGAUUCAUUAGUCGAAAAAUUUAGGAAAUCAUACAGGCCAGAUGCCAUAAAAGAUGGUGUAUUUGGAGCAAUGAUGAAGGUUAAUCUAGCUAACGAUGGACCAAUAACAAUGCAGCUUGACUCACUACAAUCAUCCAAGUGAGUACAACCAGCCACAAUUAUCAUAACCCAACGAACGCAAACGGGGCAGAAGAACCAUAAAUUGGUCAUGUGGCAUUUUCAUCGACAUCUGCAUAGCCACAUGUUCUGAACUUUUGAGAUGAUAGAGUACAAAACAAUUUCUAAUUUAAGUUGAAGCUGUCUUUAGUUUGCAAUUAUUUCAAUUCUACUGGAGUAAGAUCUUCCUGCCAAUUCCGCCUGGCAGAAAAAUGCAGCAGAGGCUUUAUCUAAAUCUUUUCUCUUCUUAUACGGCUAAAGAUUUAACUGGACAAGAUUGCCAGUCAAUAAUGAUUAUCAUAGUAACCAAGUUUUAUA